AUUUAUUCUUACAGAAAACUCAUGAUACAGGUUUUAGGUUUUCAGAGCCCAGAAUCGGAAACUGAAAACGAAUACCACAGGAUCGAAAAACGGACUAAAGGGGAAAAUCGCAUCGAAGAGCGGACGAAAGGGAAAAUUGCAUCGCUUCUGUUGGAAGUAAUCUACCAUCAUCCACCGAUCGCGACCUCCAAAUCGACCAAUGAAAGGCGGAGUUAAAAGGAAGAGCAUCAGCUCCGACCCACCACCACCUCGGGUCCACAACGAUCUCGCUUCUUCCGGGAACGAUAAGUCGGAGUACUACAAUCAGAACGGUGAACAACAGCAGCAGCUGGAACAACAGCAGCAGCUGUUGCCGCUGAAUGACGGCGGCGACAAGUAUGAAGACGAAGAAGAGGAUGAAUAUGACGAGGAGUAUGACGAUCAGUACGGUGACCACGAAAACGAAGGAGACGGAGGUGAAGCCGAGGAUGCGGACGAGCGCCCUAAGCUAGCCGAGGGUUUCUACGAGAUCGAAUCCGUACGAAAGAAAAGAAGUCGCAAGGGUAAAGUACAGUAUCUCAUCAAAUGGCGUGGAUGGCCUGAAGCAGCUAACACUUGGGAACCCUUUGAGAAUCUUCUGUCAUGUUCGGAUGUCAUCGAUGCAUUCGAAGAGAGAUUGAGGUCAGGAAAACAGAGGUGGGGCAAGAAACAUAAACGCAAAACUGCAGUUGCUCUUCAACCACAAGCAAAAAAGAAGAAAAAGAAGCAACAACAACAUCAACCACAACAACAACAACAACAACAAGAUUCUCCUUCUGACACCUAUGAAGUGCCUUCUACAAAGGUCAAAAUAAUCCAAGAAUCUUUAUCACAGCCUUCCAACAAUGAUCCCAAAUAUGGAGAAAGCAAUGUUAAGACAACAAACCAUUUGAAUGAUAAUGAAUCUUUAUUGGUUGAACAUCAAAUUGGAGAAAAGAAAGAGACAAAUGAGUUAAAAGUUCCAUCUUUAACUGAUAAAGAAAAGGAAAACGAGUUUUCUUUAGAAAUUCAAGAAGAUCGAUCUGGUGAAGGGGUAGGGGUAAGUUCGUCAAAUCAUGUCCAAAAUGUGAAUGGUUUAAAAUCUGUUGGAGCUAAGAGGAGGAAGACUGGUGCUGUGAAACGGUUUAAGCAAGAUUUGAACUUUGUGAGUAGUAAUGAUGGAGAUGAUGUGAUUGAAAGAGUAAGCAACACAAAUGGUGUGGUCGUUGACCAUGGUGUUUGGAACUUUGACCAAGUGAGAAUGGUUGUUGACAAUGGGGUUCAGAGGUUUGACCAAGUGGGAGAUACUUCUAGAAGCAUGUAUGGUAUUACCAAGAUUAUCAAACCUGUGGAGUAUUCAAAAUCCACACUCAAUGAUAUGCAUGAGAUUUUGGUCACUUUUUCUGUCUUGAGGUCUGAUGGAAAAGAAGUGAUGGUAGAUAACAGAUAUCUUAAGGCUAACUAUCCUCUACUGUUGAUCAACUUUUAUGAGCAACAUAUUCAGUACUCUGAAUGAGGUUUUUGGAAGCAAGAGGGAGAAGUAAAUAGAGAUGGUUUAUUGUAUGUAUAAUUGUAAUGCAUUUUUGGAUUUAUCGCAUUAUGGUUUUGGUUUUGGUUUAAGCGCUAUUUAUUAUUGUGCAAAGUGUUACAUAAAUUUAUUUAUAUUGUUGUGUGCAAUUUUAAUCGAAGAGUUUUAUUUGUUGA